CUUAGGGGAGCGGCCUCGGGGCGGGGCCCGGGGCGAGUCGCGCCCGGACGCGGCCUCGGGCGGCGGGCUGCGUGCGGGUCGGGGGGUCCCCUGGGGUGGCGGGGACGCGGGUGCUGCCGUCCGGGGUGGGUGACCGCUGUCGCGCCGCCCUCUCCAGGCUGCACCCGCCCGGGAGCCGCGGAAGGGAGUGAGGCCGGCGCCCCGGCAUGCGCCGUCCCAGGCCGGGGUGCGCGGCCCCUGACGCUGGCCGCCGGGCCCGUGCGCCGUGCUGACCCCGGGCCGGGCCGCCGAGGCCGCGCAGGAUGAAUGAGAUGAACCUGAGCCCCGUGGGAAUGGAGCAACUGACCUCCUCCUCUGUGAGCAAUGCCUUGCCGGUCUCAGGAGGUCACCUGGGCUUGGCCGCCUCGCCCACGCACAGCGCCAUCCCUGCCCCGGGUCUGCCAGUGGCGAUUCCAAGCCUGGGCCCAUCCCUGAGCUCCCUGCCUUCUGCUUUGUCUCUGAUGCUUCCGAUGGGAAUCGGGGACCGAGGGGUGAUGUGUGGGUUACCUGAGAGAAACUACACCCUCCCUCCACCGCCCUACCCUCACCUGGAGAGCAGCUACUUCAGGACCAUCCUUCCGGGCAUCUUAUCCUACCUGGCGGACCGGCCGCCGCCGCAGUACAUCCACCCCAACCCUAUAAACGUGGACGGCGGGACGGCGCUGUCCAUUGCCAACAGUGCCCCGGCCCUGGACCCCUACCAGUCCGGGCCGAGCGUCGGGCUGGAGCCAGGCAUCGUCCCCAUCGACUCCCGUUCUGUGACGGCGCACGGGGCCCCGAGUCUGCACCCCAGCAACGGCCACGAGGUGGCCUUGGACACCACCAUCACCAUGGAGAACGUGUCCAGGGUCACCAGCCCGCUCUCCACGGACGGGAUGGCAGAGGAGCUCGCCAUGGACGGUGUCACAGGCGAGCACGCCCAGAUCCCCAGUGGCGCCCAGAUCCCCAGUGGCGCGCGGAGUCACGAGCCGCUGUCCGUGGAUACCGUGAACAGCAACCUCACUGCGGACACUGUGGGACAUGGCGGCGUGAUCCCCAUUCACGGCAGCGGCCUGGAGCUGCCCGUGGUCAUGGAGACGGACCACAUCGCCAGCCGGGUGAGCGGGAUGCCCGACGGUGCGCUGGCCGACUCCAUCCACACGGUGGCCAUGAGCACCAACUCGGUCAGCGUGGCGCUGUCUACCUCACACAACCUCGCCUCCCUCGAGUCGGUGUCCCUCCACGAAGUCGGCCUCAGCCUCGAGCCCGUGGCUGUCUCCUCCAUCACCCAGGAGGUUGCUCUGGGGACAGGCCACGUGGACGUGUCUUCAGACAGUCUGUCUUUUGUCCCGCCUUCACUGCAAAUGGAAGACUCCAACUCAAACAAGGAAAACAUGGCCACCUUGUUUACAAUCUGGUGCACACUGUGUGACCGCGCCUACCCCUCAGACUGCCCUGACCACGGGCCGGUGACUUUUGUUCCUGAUUCUCCAAUAGAGAGUAGAGCGAGGCUGUCUCUCCCAAAGCAGCUCGUCCUCCGCCAGUCGGUCGUGGGAGCGGACGUCGGUGUGUGGACCAGCGAGACCAUUCCGGUGCGGACUUGCUUUGGACCUCUCAUUGGUCAGCAGAGUCACUCCAUGGAGGUGGCCGAGUGGACGGACAAGGCUGUUAACCACAUCUGGAAGAUCUACCACGGCGGCGUGCUGGAGUUCUGCAUCAUCACGGCCGACGAGAACGAGUGCAACUGGAUGAUGUUUGUGCGCAGAGCCAGGAAUCGGGAAGAGCAGAAUUUGGUGGCUUAUCCUCACGAUGGGAAGAUCUAUUUCUGCACCUCCCAGGACAUCCCUCCCGAGAACGAGCUGCUUUUCUAUUACAGUCGGGACUACGCUCAGCAGAUGGGUGUUCCCGAGCACCCGGACGUGCACCUCUGCAACUGCGGGAAGGAGUGCAGCUCCUACACAGAGUUCAAGGCCCAUCUGACCAGCCACAUCCACAGCCACCUCCCCGGCCAGGGCCACGGCGGCGGUCACGGGCCCAGCCACAGCAAGGAGAGGAAGUGGAAGUGCUCCAUGUGCCCGCAGGCCUUCAUCUCCCCUUCCAAGCUGCACGUCCACUUCAUGGGCCACAUGGGCAUGAAGCCCCACAAAUGCGAUUUCUGUAGCAAGGCUUUCAGUGACCCCAGCAACCUUCGUACCCACCUCAAGAUACACACGGGCCAGAAGAACUAUCGGUGCGCUCUUUGUGACAAGUCCUUCACCCAGAAAGCUCACCUGGAGUCCCACAUGGUCAUCCACACUGGGGAGAAGAAUCUCAAGUGCGACUACUGCGACAAGCUGUUCAUGCGGCGGCAGGACCUCAAGCAGCACGUGCUCACUCACACACAAGAGCGGCAGAUCAAGUGUCCCAAGUGUGACAAGCUCUUCCUGAGGACCAAUCACCUGAAGAAGCAUCUCAAUUCCCACGAAGGGAAGCGCGACUACGUGUGUGAGAAGUGCACGAAGGCCUACCUGACCAAGUACCACCUCACCCGCCACCUGAAGACCUGCAAGGGGCCGGCCGCCGGCUCCUCCGCCCCCGAGGAGGACGAGGACGAGGAGGACGACUCGGAGGACGAGGGCCUGGCCGACCCUGUGGGCACGGCGGGCUGCCAGAUGGGCGGCACCCUGUACUCGGCGGAUGAGCCCCUCUCCACGCACAAGUAACACGGCGGGUAGAUGCGUCCGGCCGGUGGCCAGUGGCUUCACAUGGCGGGGUUCCCAGUUUCCCUGCAGCCUGCAGUUCCAACACAGCGGAGGCAGAGCAGAGGCCGGCGUCCCAGUUCUGGCGAUGGGUGGGCAGGGAAAGGCCGAGUUUUCCAAGGUCGGUUCUUUAAUUUCCGUGAUCAUCUGGGAGAUGCGUCAAAGCGGCCUUUGCCCACUGAAUGAGAUUUAGCUCAGAUGGCCGGGAAAAGACGAGGGCGAGGAUGGUGGCACCUUAGUCAGGGCUGGCUGGCUUCAGUGGGAGCCAGGGUGGAACGCCCUGCCAUCAUGCCGGCAGAUCUGGGCAGGCCUAGCCAUGGCUGUGACCCUAGUAAAGCCCCCCCACCAAGACGGGGCCAGGAGUCUGGAGGGGCCAGGCCCAGACGGCCUGGUUGCCCCUGGCAGCAGGUGUGCCCGUGCUCCUGAGAUGGCGUGGGUGGGGAGGGAAGGGAAGGAGCGGUCUUUCUGUUUGUGUCCCCGUGAAAAGGAUCAAGCCGCCGUUAGUGUGUUCCCAGUUCCCAGCAGCGGUGCUGCCCCACCCAGAUGCACUGCAGGGCUCUGAGGAACUGCCAGGCGGGCGGGAAGGUGUGAGGGGCUGAAAGGCGCAGGGGCAGGGGUGGUGCAGCCACUGCAGAACGCGUGUGCCAGGCUCGCUCUCGCCAGAAGGCCCCACCUCCGGGCUGGGGCAGGGAACUCUGGUGACGCUUUUGCUGCUAAUGUAUUUAUGGAAUGAAUGUAUUCAUUCAGAUCUGUAUUCCUCUAGGAAGGAUGAAAAUAAACACGUUUUUAAGUA